AUGGCAAACAUUCAAGAGCAGGUGGAAAAUAUCCCUGGAUAUGACCUCGUUAUGGGGGCAUGGGAAGACUAUGCGGGAGAUCACUUUCAGACCAAGGAUCCUUACCGAGAAACCCUCCCCGAUGGGAAGACACGCAAGAGAAAGCUUCCAGAAGGCGCUACAAAAGACGAAAAGAAAUCCUGGAAAUCUAUCCAACGACGAGCAUGGAUUGAUGAUAAAUGCUUUCUGGGUUGCCAGCCGGUGGAUUGUGGUAUUGGAUUGGCCCCUGUAGUUGCAUUUUUCAUUCCAACCUUGGGGCCAAUUGUAAUCUACGUUGUCCACGCUAGAUUGAUCAAGGUGGCCUGUGAUCAGUUUGAUAUUGGUCCUAAGCUUGAGGCAAAAUUACAUGCAAAUAUCCUGUUUGAUCUACUUAUCAGCCUGCCUCCUAUCAUUGGUGCCUUACUGGCGUGGUUAAACGGUUGCUCUACUAGAAACGCAGCGCUGAUUCAUUCAUCAGUUGCAAAAAAGAUUGUACAACGUCAAAGGAUAGAUGGAAUUGACUAUCACAGACAGUAA